GGAAAUUCAUCGCCUCACACCAGACACACGCUGGAAUCUCCCCCAACACCCAACACAACAACCAGACAAAAUGCCCGCCCUCAUCUCCACGCUCGCCCUGCGCACCCUCCGGACGAUUGUUCAGCGUCCCGCGGCCGUCCCCCUCCGCACCAUCAAGACGCAAGCCACCAGCACCCCCCGAUUCACGCCGGUGCUCCGCACGCCCUCCGCCCUCGCAGCCCUGACGACCAGAACUCCCUCCACUACCUCCGCGAUCACGCUCGCCGCACGCCGGCAGUUCUCCACCUCCCCGCUCCGCCAAGCGACCUACAACCAGAUCCGCCGCGGCUGCCGGGUGUCACAGAAGGCGCGGCGCUCGCGGUCGCCGGCGCUGAUCGGUCGCUCGCAGAUGAAGGGCGUGUGCCUGAAGACCGGUAUCACUAAGCCCAAGAAGCCGAAUUCCGGGGAGCGGAAGACCGCCAGAGUGCGGUUGAGCAGUGGCAAGGUUGUCACUGCUUACAUUCCUGGUGAAGGUCACAAUAUCCAACAGCACAGUGUCGUUAUGGUCAGAGGCGGCAGAGCUCCCGAUUGUCCUGGUGUGAAGUACCAUUUGGUUCGCGGUGCUAUGGAUUUGGGUGGUGUUGCCAAUCGCCUGACCAGCAGAUCCAAGUAUGGUACGAAGAAGCCGAAGAGUGACUAGACAAUCUAGACGGACACCGGGUGCGAAUGUCGCGUAAUUUUGUCCGCAGUGUACUGAGCACCUGAGUGCUAUCUGUAUCAUCUAUGUUCCUUUUUUAUUCUCGUUUUGUUUCAAGGCAUUUGGUUUCAUCGUUAAAAACAGCUAUGUACAUUUAUGAGACAGUCUCUGGAAAAG